AAGGGAUAUUCUCGCAGAUGAAGAAGGGGAAGAAGCUAUGUUUUCCUCCUUUGCCCUUGAGGAGUUUAUAAUCAGAUUUUCCAAACGCAGAUUAAAAAUCACAAAUCCCGAAGCUAAUGCUACCAGCAAAGAACUGGCGUUUCAAGUCAGACGUAAUGUUCACCGAAAAGGAAGGGAUUUUCUCUUCAAUGGAAGCAAUGGGGAGAACUUUAUCAAGAUUCCCUCAGCUAAUCUACAUCCGAAUGGAUCCGUAGUACUCGGGAUUGAAUACAACAGCCUUCAGGAGCUUUUUUCAAACUACUCAGCAGGCUCUGGAGGAACCAACAAAACCUGGAUACUGGACAGUAAAAUUAUAUCCGCUGUAGUAGAUCCUUUGCUAGAAGUGCUAACAGAGAACGUCACCUUGGUUUUUCAAAACACGAAGGUGAAUCGUAAAAAAAGAACAUGUGUAUUCUGGAGCUUCUCUGAAGAAAACUUUGGGAGUUGGUCGAGUGAAGGAUGUCAAACAAAGAUGAUAUCCGAUCAUCAUACGGAAUGCGUUUGCAAUCAUCUAACCCACUUCGCCGUGCUCAUGGAUUUCACCGACAAUACUGAUGACGGGAAGUUUUUCAAUCAAGAUAAGACUCGUUCGACAAAUGAGCAUUACAAACUACUGACACUCCUCACCCGAGUAGGGAUGGCUUUAUCUCUCACUGGAGUCAUACUCACAAUUAUCAGCUAUCUUCAGCUCACAGACAGAAGUUCACCUUUGUGUCACAUACGGGUUGGUCUGACUUCCUGCAUUGGAGCAGGACAUAUCGUCUUUUUCGCUGGAAUUGACUCCACAGGAAACCAGGCUGCUUGUGUAGCUGUGGCCGCUCUUAUGCAGUAUUUCCUGAUGGCCAGUUUUUGCUGGAUGCUUGUCGAGGGGAUUUAUAUCUACUUAUUUGUUGUAAAGGUUUACAACAUUACCGGCAAAAUGCAUCCCUAUCAUGGAUUUUGCUGGGGACUGCCUGCAAUCAUAGUUGCUCUAUCUUUGGGUAUCGCCAUAGGAAAUGAUGGAAUUGAAACUUUUGUCAAUGAUGAAAACUGCUGGAUGUCCUCCUCUAACAAUAUCAUCUGGAUAUUUGUUUCCUUUGUUGGACUGAUCGCAAUUAUUAACAUGAUGAUCCUCGUGCGAGUUAUCAAGGAAUUAACAACCAUCCAACAGGUGAAGGAGAGCCAAACUAAGCAGAUCAGGCUUGGUGUCCGUGCAUGCGUGGUGUUAGCUCCAUUGCUGGGUGUCACGUGGCUGAUUGGUUUCCUUGUGCCGUUACACAUCGCCUUCUCCUACAUUUUUGUAAUCCUUAACUCCACGCAGGGAUUCUUCAUUUUCUUCUUUCACUGCUUGGGAAAUAGUGAGAUAAGGGGACGUUUCAAAAGAAGAGUCCAAAAAUUCCACCCAAGUGCAUUUAAUCAAAGGCAAGGUGACAAUAGAGGAAACUCUCAAGCUCGUCAAAGUCACAAUGACACUGGGAUUCCUGUGCGGGAUCGAGAGUAAUCAAGGGACUUUGAACUUUGGUCUUGCCAAUGGAAUGGGAGAAUACUAAAUGCAUUUAUAACCAGCUUCACUUAUGUUGCUUAGGCUGUAGCUGAUUCAAGUUAAUUCAAAUUGUAUUUGUACUGUUUUUUUUGUCCAGCUGCCAAGAAAUUUUCUUAACCACAGACUUAGCUUUUUUAAUGAUGUCUAAUCACAUUAACCUGGCAUCGUUGGCAUUUUAUAGAAUAAUUAUUUGUCUAAGAAUCAAAUUGCCAGAGAAUAACAGUUUAUGAUAAACUGAUUAAUCAUUUAACCGGUAAUCAGACCUGAACUGUAGAAAUUAAUUUUGGUGCAAUUAAAAUUUAUCAAGUACACAUAUAAAGUUUGAGGUAUGUAACAAUUAAUUGCAAAGUGGAAACUUCAGUUUAUUUCAUGACGGUUGAUCUUGGUGAGUAGGUUAUCAUCUUUAACUUGACAUCUCUACUUCCUAAUUACCACCCGUAGCUAAAAGCUCACCGAAAAGAAGCUGCUCCUUAUGGUUAAAACCCCUAAUAAUCAUAACCAUAAUUUAUGAAUGGAUCGCAUUCAGAGAGAUUUGCGUAUUCCCUGCAGUUUUUUGGAGGACAAGUUCAUAUUUUCUAUGAAACGAAAAACAUUUGUGACUGCUUGUCUAUCCGAAGUUGCGGCAUAUCAUUAAUAUGGACGACAUGAAAAGAACAAAACAAACCAAUACCUUCAUAUAAACUUUUUCGAUGAAAAUUAAAAAAAAUAAAAAAUAAAUUUAAAAAAACCCGCAGAUUUUAAUGGAUUAUCGCU